CCAAGACAGGAGAAGCAAGUUUUUGGACAGCACUGUUUCAAGUUCUUGUCAACAUACAUAUGGGUUUCUUCUGGGUAUGGUCCUCUCAAAACGAGUAUCAAAAGACCCAUCACCCUUUCGUUGAAUCUUGUUCAGACAGACUCCAUAAACGACAAGCGAAUAUGGCUUAAUGAUGAAGCUUUAAGGCCUGGUGUAUAUGCUCUUAUAGACUCUUGCUCACCUCACGAUCUUCAAUAUCUCAAUACAGCAUUUGGUGAAGGUCCUUGUGGAAACGCUCUAGCAACUCUGCAACAAAACUACAAGUUAACUUCAAGUACGGAGGGAAAGUCUAGAUAA